AUGUGGCUUUCGGAAGCUCAAAAGUUUGGCGUUGCCUUCACGUUUGGAGGCUGUUUGUUUCUUACGUUUGGCGUGGUGACCUUCUUUGACCGUGCGUUGCUGGCCCUAGGAAAUAUACUCUUUCUAGUUGGUCUAUUGCUGAUCAUAGGUCCGCAGAAGACCUACACGUUUUUCUCGAGGCCGAAUAAGAGAAGGGGGUCCAUUUUCUUCGUGACAGGCGUGAUAAUGAUAUUGGCAAAAUGGACGUUUCUGGGAUUUUUGAUCGAGUGUGUGGGCAUUGCAGGGCUAUUUGGCGAUUUUUUCGGUGUCGUGGUCCAGUUUUUAAGAUCGCUGCCCGUCAUUGGACCCGUACUUUCGCAUCCAGCAGUUGCGCCGUGGGUCGACCGAUUGGCUGGCGUUCGCGUGCUGCCGGUGUGA